GAAACAUCUUCAUCACCGACGUCUUCUUCUUCAGCGACAAGUGCUACAGCAUCAUCUACAUCAUCUACUGAUACUUCCAGUGUAAUUCCGAUUACCUCCACAGGAACGAUGCCUGUAGAUUCCACUACAGUUCUUUUGUCCAACACAGUGCUACCAACUGAUACUUCAGAGUCUAUUCUUGCUACAGAUACUAUCGUAGUAGCUUCAGCCACUUCCACAAUUCCUGUCCGUGAUUCCACAACUACACCGUCUGCUGUUUCAUUUACCCCAGAAUCCGUAUCAACAACCCCUCCUUCCAGAGAAAUAAGUACUACAGAGUCAUCCCAUAUAUCGUCUACCGAUACUUCCAGAGCAACGCCGACUACCUUCACAGGAACUAUUGAUUCCACUACAGUUCCCGAGUCUAACUCAGUGCUAGCAACUGACACUUCCGAACCAUCUCCUAGUACAGACGGUGAAACUGAAGCUACGUCCCUUUCCACGGUUAACAGUCCAGACAUCACAAAAACGCCCGCUGCUGUUUCUGACACAGAAACAUCUUCAUCACCGUCGGCUUCUUCUUCAGCGAUAAGUGCUACAGCAUCAUCAGAUACAUCAUCUGCUGAUACUUCCAGAGUAACUCCGAUUACCUCCACAGUAACGAUGCCUGUACAUUCCACUACAGUUCUGAUGUCCAACCGAGUGCCUACAGCAUUUUUUACAACCAGUGUGAAACUUCCAGUCAGUGCUACCAUUUUGACAUCUCCAGAUACUUUCACUAGUACAACAAGGUCUACAGCUGUAAUUAUAGGAUCUACGAUUUACCCUAUUUUAACUAGUACUGCAACGGCACCUUCCCCAGGAGCUUGUCCUUCACUUGAUUUUUCCUUACGACUUGAAAAAGUAACCAGUGAUGUGAUACAAUUCAGUUGGACACCUCUAGAUGGCAGAAAAGAAAGCCCUUAUACAGCUUCUCUGUCGGAAGAUAACAGAGAGGUGAAUAAAAGCACUACAGAUAAAACAAACAUAGAAUUUAAAGGAUUGCUUCCUGGUCAGAAAUACACAAUAUCUGUGGAGGUUUUAAUCUGUGGUCAGAAGGCCAGUACUUCAAUGACAGUUCAGACAGCAUCCAAAAACUUCAAAGGACAAACCAGGUUGACAAAUCAAGUCUUCAAACCUCAAUACAGCAACAAAUCAAGUGCAGCGUUUAAAGACUUUGAAAAGAAUUUCACUGCUGAGAUAAAGGAGAAAAUGACAGACGACUUCAAAACCUUAUUUAACAAGGGGAGAUUGCUUAUAGUAAUAGACAGUAUUAGCAAUGGCAGUGUGAUUGUGCUCUUCAACAUCAUGAUGGCUGUGGAACAAAACUUAACAGAAACAAAUAUUUCCAGUGCUUUUAUAAAAGCCCUGAAUGAGAGCACCCUGUGGAAAGUGGACUUCCAAAGUACUUCUGUAGUAGUGGCAAAUAGCUGUGAAACAGGAUUAAACGACUGUUCUAAAAAUGCUGUUUGCACCCCUAAAGAGGCAACUUAUUCCUGUGAGUGUAAGGCUGGAUUCAAAGACCACAGUCCCAGCGUACCAGGGAAAGAUUGCCAAGACAUAAAUGAAUGUACUAACAGUUCAGCAUGUUCAGACUUGGCCUCAUGCAACAACACUGAAGGAAGUUAUGAAUGUACCUGUAAUCCAGGAAUAAAAGAUGAGAAUCCAGAAAAUCCUGGCAAACAAUGUAAAGAUCCUGUUCUCUGCUUCAACAGCACAAAGUUUUGCUCAACACAAAAUAAUGACUGUCUUAACUCCAAAAAUUGGAUUUGCUCAAGUAACCAAGCUUUUGCUUGCAAAAUUUCAUUCAAAGACAAGGUGUUUGUUCCUGAAUAUUAUAACUCUGAAAGUCAAAUCUAUCAGAAUUUAUCCCAAAAAAUCACAACAGACGUUGUUAAACAAAUGCGAAUUAUCCUGAAAGACGACAGCUUUGAUAUCGUAGUGGUUGGAUUCAGAAAUGGGAGUGUGAUUGCCUAUUUUGUUUCUCUGCUACAAGGACAACAGUCCAUUGAUAAAAUUACUUUUCAAAAACAUUUAAGCGAAAUAGUAAAGACUGUGUUUGCUGGUGAAACUGAAGUAAUCGUAGAGCCAAUCCCUACAUCUUCUGAAGUAAAUCUGACCUGGAGAAAUGCAGUGAUUGUCCUGGGCGUUCUGUUUGGAGUCGCAUUCAUACUUGCUUUGUUGAUACUGUCAGCAUACCUUUGGAUGAGGUGUACAUCCGGUCAAUAUUGGAUUGAACCUAAAGGGCUUUUGGGAAAUUUUGCCUACAAAUACUUAUAAGCUGUCCCUCUGACUUACAAAAAAAUGGACCUCACUUGCAACCUUAAAAUACAUUAACAUUUCUCUAUUAAAUCUCCUGUUUUAUCUGAAGUACUUCUAUGUCACUCUGUGCCCCCUUUUACCGUUGUGUCUGACUGCCUCAAUCUUAAGGCAGUGCUAUUGUCAUCAUUUUAUUAAAGAAGAAUGAGCCACAGAGAGACUAAGUGACUUACCCUGAGAAGUCUUUGGCAGAACUUUUAGCUAGACGUAAGGAAAAGAAAUAGCUAUGCAUGGCAGCUAUAGUUUAGCUAUGUGGUGUUAGAGUUAUAAACAGAAAGGAGUUGAUGCUUCUACAGAAACAACCAUCAAAAUUCCCAUUAUCUUAAAUGGGAAUAUGAUGAAGACUGAUCUUCUGGUCCAUAUUUUGCUCUUGGAAAUACCCGACUUCAAGAGAGCUGUAUGUAUGAAUCCACUGGAAGAACUUGACUCUGUUCCUGUUUACCUGUUCCUUUAUUAUAUUCAUUUAGUUUUAACACAUCACACAAAUUCACUUAUACAAAGUGUAGGUUGGCGUGUACUUAUGUGCCUCUCAAGUAAACUUAUACAUAGGAAUACGCUAUACUACUCUAUGAUGAUCUUCUUUCAUUUUGACAAAUUUAGCACAAAUAGUUUGCAGUAACCAUAUAAAAUACUAUAUACUGUUGAUUCAAACAGACUUUAAUGUGUGAGCUACAAAGAAACUGCUAAAGGUAAAGUUUUAACAUAUCAUUGAAAGAGAAGGAAGAUAAUUUGGGGAGGAACAGAUUAAUUCAUCCAUUUUUACCUAUUAGAAAUUAUUAGACUAAAAUCUGACAUAUACUCAUUUUUCACUUUGCUCUUGAUAAGCCUGAUCCAAAACCCGUUGAAGUCAAUGUCAAAACUCAGGGAUUUCACUAGGCAUUAAAUCAAACCCUGUAUAUUUUAUAGUCAUAAAAUAUUUUACAGAAUUUUCCUUAUCUUCAUCACACCUAGAUUGUAAGCUCUUUGGAACAGGGCUUGUCUUCAUUUUUUGUGUAUUUUACAGCACUGAGCAUAUUAAUAAAUAGUAAUAAUAAUGAUUCCACUAUGAUUUGUGUAGUUCAGAUAGAUAAUUUUGUUUGUAUCUGUAUUUCUUUUGUCUAUGAGCCAACUGCCAGUUCUAUGAUUCGUUACUGAAUCCCUGUUACUAUAAAAUACUGAUGGCAUGAAAUUUCUGAAUAAUUGGGUCGGACUUCAAUUUAGAAGUUAUCAGUCAGUUAUGAAAGAAUGUAGUGUAUUGCUCUAUAACAGCCCAGAGCCUAUUCUUUUACAGGCUAAAUCAUAUCUUUUGAGUACAGCCUACAGUUAGAAGGUCUGAUACUGCAGUUCCCCAGAUGGACUUUAGGGGGCUGAUUGCCUUUCUGAAAACCCCAGGCCAUAGGGACAGCACCCUUAUUCCUACUCUUGUACCUGGGCACAGCCAGUUCCCUUCUGCAAGGCCAGAUCCCAAGGCAAUUUGGCGUCUCUGUGCUGUUUCACUACUAGCAGGUCUCGUGAUAAAACCAAGAUGCAAUUGGCCAAAUGUAGGGUCAUACCUGUAUGGAUACCGCUACACAGCAUUGUGAAGAUCUAAACCUUGCUGUAUAGAGAGCACUUGGAAGCUGCAGUUCAGGCUAGAGCCUGUGUGCUGGAGGAGCAUGGGCUUCAAGGUUCAAGCUGCAACUUCAAAGAGCUGUCCACACUGCUAUUUUAGAGAGCAAGAAGAGUGAACCUUGUAAGCCCAAGUCUGUCAACCUGGACUGGGAGGCUCACUCCUACUCAUGCCAACAUGCUGGGUAAACUUGUCCACAACCUCUUGGACUUUGCAGCCCAGCACACAGGCUGUACCACCCUUCCAAGAGGUCACUCAUCAGGCCCUCCCUAGAUUAGCAGCCCUCUGGCAUUCCAGAAUGGGCCAUGGUGGUCACAAAGAGACGGCUGCAGGUUUGCUGCACCUUUGUGCACAAAUUUGUGUCAAUAUUUUGUGCUCCUGGCAGGACUAAUAUUUGCAGGGAUCUGUGACGGGGAUUUGUGCUCAUGAGGCACAAGUCCUUUCUGAACAUCCGGGGGUCAGAAUACUUACACUGCUCUCAGCUCGAGCUGACACACAAUUCUGCCCCACAGAAGAAGAUGUAGUGACAUGGCCACUAUUGUACAUGCUUUAUAACCCUGAUGAAGUGCUACGCUCAUGAAUCAUUUCUGAAUGUGCACAUAGCCAUCCCUUCUAUCAGUAAAUACAGUCUCACUGGAGUAUUAUGCUUUGCAAAUACAAAUGAAGGUCAGUGGCUGCUAUUAAUGUUGUUUCCUUUAUUUUUAAAAUAUGGUAUUAAUAAUAAUUGAUGUGACUCUUAGUUAAGUUUUUCUGGUAUUUUUGGAAGCUAUAAUUGAUGUAAUGAUUGUGUACAGCUGGGUUCUACUGUAAUAUAAGAAGUGAGAAUUCUAUGAUAAUCUGUAUGUACAAUAUGCUAAGAUCUGGUAUUUUAAAUACUUUCCAGAAAU